AUGCUUCCAGACUUGGCCCGAAGUAUCUCAAAGUUGCACUAUUUAACUGUGGGCCACCUAGUCCUCUGGACACCAUGGGGCUGCCCUCCAGAGCUCACUCAACGGAAGAGUCUGCGGCUACGCUUGUGCGAGAUGAGGAACUGCUGUGGGCUUGUUCUUGCAGAAGCGUGGCUUCAGGACAACGUCUCAUGCACCAUGGAUCUUCAGUGCGACUGCAACUCGGAGGCGUUCGGCGAGAGUUUAUAUUCCAGGAGUUUGUUAUAUCAAACGCUGUUUGGAACGUGGUGGAAACACUUGGCAGCCGGAGCAAUGGCCGGCGCUGUGUCACGAACAGGAACUGCUCCCCUCGACCGGCUCAAGAUCUUUGUACAGGUCAAUGCUGCAAGACAGGGCGUGGAUUUGCUGGGCAGCUGGAGGUUGAUGGUGAAGGAGGGUGGCUACAUCUCACUGUGGAGAGGCAAUGGAGUAAAUGUAGCCAAAAUAGCACCAGAGACCGGCAUCAAGUUUCUGGCUUAUGAGCAGUACAAGAAACUUUUCACUGACAACCAGGCCAAGCUGGACAUCCAUCAACGCUUUGCUGCAGGAUCUCUGGCUGGAGUCACUGCUCAGACCAUCAUCUAUCCCAUGGAGGUAAUGAAGACGAGACUGGCACUUGGAAACACAGGGCAGUACAAAGGCUUCGGUGAUUGUCUCAACACUAUCAUCAAAAAUGAGGGCUUGUUCAGCCUCUACAGAGGCUACCUUCCAAACCUGUUUGGCAUCAUUCCUUAUGCAGGGAUUGAGCUGACUGUCUAUGAGGUUUUGAAGAAAGCUUAUUGUCAGAGGUACAGUGAACAUCCAACUGAACCUGGAGUAUUCAUCCACCUCGGCUGCGGCACCAUCUCCAGCACUUGCGGGCAGCUGGGUAGCUAUCCCCUGGCGCUCAUCAAGACCAAGAUGCAGGCACAAGUCAUUGCCAAAGAUGGGACCAAGGCAAGCAUGGUUCGACAUAUCAGCACUAUCAUGCAAGAGGAAGGCUGGAGAGGUUUUUAUCGAGGAUUCACACCCAACUGCAUGAAGGUUGUCCCUGCGGUCAGCAUCAGCUUUGUCGUCUAUGAACAGAUGAAAAAUUUACUUGGCAUCAUUUAGUCGGCACUAAUACUCAAACUCAUUCUUCCCAACCUUUGAUCCUGACCAUCAAUGUAAUAGCCAACAAAUGAGAGGAAAUCAAAUGUUCAAACUGUGCUAAAACCACUUUAGAGAUCUGAACGACCAACAAAGUGAAAGAACAAGCAGUCAGGUAUGGCCAGACAAAGACUAUUUAACUAGCUCUCAUUUCAGAUCAAGCUUUAACUUCUAAAGUUAAUUAGUAAUUGCAACAAACUUAUCCACUGGAAGUCACCUUGCUAGCUAACUUAUUUAGAACAAUCCACCACUCAAAGACUGGCAAACCAACUGUCAGAAAGUAGAAGACAACUAACCUAUAGCACUGCAGAAAGUCAAGUGACAAAUCACAUCAUUAACAACAGUAAGAAGGCUGGCCAAAAAUUAAAAAGCCGGCCGAUGGUAUUGUGGAACCAACACCAGACUUUGAGGCGAGUGAUCCCAGGUUCAAAUCCAUGCUGGGUUGAAUGUUGAGGUAGCAACUCAGCCUUGUAAAAACAGAUAAAAAUGCAAAAGAAAUGACAAAUUUGCCACCUGAUGUGCCACAAGGUGUGGAAGGGAACAGCAACCAAUUGUUAAAGGUUAGUUAUUCACCGCUUCAGGUCCAGCUAAUCAGUCAACAGCUAACUCAUCGUCACAGGCCACCUACCAAUCCUCCGCAGGACUGUCAGACAGAAGUCAGAAAGCCACCGGGGUGCAGACUAACCAAGCAGUAUUGAAAGGUCCUCAGACCCGAGGAAGAUAAACUGUCAUGGGGGUAAAAAUAACAAUUGCCAUUUAAUCAUCAACCAACAAAAGGCUACUAACCAACCAAUAGGAGUCUUGGUGACCAAAAUGAGCCAGAUGUACAACCAUGGACUGGCUAUCAGCUGGAAGGAUUUUGUGUGUUUAUCCACUCAAGAUCUGGCUUUCACAUGGGGUCCAGUUGCCGCCUUACUCACAGCUCAGUGUAGUUCUUCAACAAGUCAGC